AUGGAGGCCGAGCCAGCCCCGGACUUGUCGAUGCUUCGAGAGCUGCUGACGCCGCCCUGUCUGGACCCCGAACCGCCCCCGGAACUCCCCACCCAGCAGGCACCAAGGACUCCAGGAUGCCUCAGACCCAGUGGCAGGUCCUUCUGGCCUGCACACCAGGACUCGGUCACAGCCCUGCACUUCCUCCAAGAGCCAGCAGAGGGGCUGGCCCAGCCCCCCACCUGGGACACCCAGGCCCUAGGGCCCUGCUGGGAGCCGAAGGCCCUGGAGACUCUGGGAGCCCUACCUCUGGCCGAGGAUGCCAAGAACAUGCUGACCCCAAUCAGCCAGCAGAGCCCCAGCCUGGGGCCCCGAGUGGCUCCCCCGGCCUCUUCAGCCCAGCCACAGAGGAGACCCCGGAAGCAGUCGAACCCCCAGCGGGGCGCCGAGAAAGUGGACCCCCGGUUCGAGGGGGUGACCCUGAAGUUUCAGAUAAAGCCAGAUUCCAGCCUACAGAUCAUACCCACCUACAGCCUGGCCUGCAGCACCCGCUCUCAGGGUCCCCCGCCAGGCCCUGCCAGAGGCCCAGAGGCCAACGCAGGAGGCAGCGAGUCCCUGGGGCGCCGACGCUGUGCUUCCUGUAGGACCCAGAGGACCCCACUCUGGAGAGAUGCCGAAGAUGGGACUCCCCUCUGCAAUGCCUGUGGUAUCAGGUACAAGAAAUAUGGCACCCGGUGCUCCAGCUGCUGGCUGGUGCCCAGGAAAAGUGUCCAGCCCAAGAGACUGUGUGGCAGAUGUGGGGUGUCGCUGGGUCCCCACCCAGUCCCAACUCAGGAAGGGUAA